GCUCAGUCUCGAAUUCACACGCUCGUGUUGAGACGCAGCAGCCAAAAGGAGCUUUUCUUUUUUUUUCUCACGGCGUUCAUUUUGGAAAGGCGGAUUUUUCUCCCGACGGUCAGAUUAAAUAUACAUUAAACCCCCCAGAUACUUUAUAUUAUUUUAUAUAUACAGAGGUGAACACGCAUAUGUGCAUGAACAGGGAAGGGGACACGCAGGAUGGUUCGGGAAACCAGACACCUUUGGGUGGGAAAUUUACCCGAACAUGUUCGAGAAGAGAAAAUUGUGGAAUAUUUUAAACGGUAUGGACGUGUGGAGAGUGUUAAGGUCCUCCGUAAGCGAGGUUCAGAAGGUGGCGUGGCAGCUUUCGUGGAUUUCGUCGACAUUAAAAGCGCCCAAAAGGCGCACAACGCAGUCAACAAAAUGGGUGACAGAGACCUUCGCACUGAUUACAAUGAGCCCGGCUCAGUGCCCAGCUCCGUCCGGGGCCUGGACGACACCUCGCCGUCCAGCAGUCACACGAGGGACGUUGCGAGUUUCUCAAGAGCAGCUGUGGGUCCCGUUUAUGGACCCCCGGUGUCGCUUCACACCAGAGAGGGACGCUAUGAGCGCAGAUUAGACGGCAGUUCAGACAGUCGGGAUCGAGCGUACGAGCAUAAUCCAUACGGACACCACGAACGCGGUGGCACUUUCGAUAGGCCGCGGCACUACAACACGGACUAUUACCGAGACCGUGCUAUUUUUGCCUCUGGAGUUGGGGCCAGCCCCGCGGUUAGUGCGAUUAGUGGGGGUUUUGACACUCCGGAAUCUCAUUUUGAGUCUAGAGUCCGUGACCCCUUCACUCUGUCUGGGUCCGCCCGGCGAGAUCCAUACCGCGAUGACAGGGGACGGCGUGUUGAUCGGACUUACCAUCAUCGCCGAAGUCGAUCGUCUCAUUCCUCUCAAUCACGGCACCCUUCUCCACAAAGGACCACAGGACAGACCCCCAAAGCUUCCCAUUCCCCAAAAAGAGCUCCUGUUUCUCCAGGCAGAGGUCCACGUUCACGUUCCCGAAGCCGGUCGUCCAGCUCCGAUUCAGUCAGCAGCACCAGCAGUACCGGAAGUGGCAGCAGUGACUCCAAUAGUAGUUCUAGUGAGGGGUCCCGAGCACGCUCAGUUCAGUCUGCAGCCACUCACCCACCUCCGGCACCUCCUGCACUCUCUCUGGACUGUGAUGAACCGCGUAGAAGUUUUGGCAUCAGGGUCCAGAACCUCCCUGUACGAUCCACAGACACAAGUCUGAAAGAUGGACUUUUCCAUGAGUUUAAGAAGUAUGGGAAGGUAACCUCAGUGCAGAUUCAUGGGGCCUCAGAGGAGCGAUACGGCUUGGUGUUCUUCAGACAGCAGGAAGACCAGGAGAAAGCUCUCAGUGUGUCGAAAGGAAAGCUUUUCUUCGGUAUGCUGAUCGAAGUGACCGCUUGGAAUGGCCCUGAGACAGAAAGUGAGAACGAGUUUCGGCCGCUGGAUGGGCGGAUUGAUGAGUUUCACCCAAAGGCAACCAGAACCUUGUUUAUCGGGAAUUUGGAGAAAACGACUAACUACCAGCAACUGCUUGAUGUUUUUCAGCGCUUUGGAGAGAUAGUGGAUAUCGAUAUUAAGAGAGUUAACGGUGUCCCCCAGUAUGCCUUUGUGCAGUACUCUGACAUCGCCAGUGUGUGUAAAGCUAUUAAGAAAAUGGAUGGAGAAUAUCUGGGAGCCAACCGACUCAAGCUUGGCUUUGGGAAGAGUAUGCCUACGACCUGCGUAUGGUUAGACGGUCUGUCUUCUAACAUUACAGAGCAGUACCUCACACGGCACUUCUGUCGCUAUGGACACGUGGUGAAGGUCGUGUUUGACAGAUUGAAAGGGAUGGCCCUGAUUCUAUACAACAACACUGAUUUUGCACAAGCUGCAGUAAGAGAGACCAAAGGAUGGAAGAUUGGUGGCAACAAAAUUAAGGUUGAUUUUGCCAGUCAGGAGAGCCAAGUGGCAUUCUAUCGCUCUAUGCAGGCAUCGGGACAGGAUAUGCGUGACUUUUAUGAAAUCCCCUCAGACAGAAGGGACGAUCGAAGACCUUCGUAUCAUGAUUUCUCAGCAGAGAGGGCGUACUAUGAGAAUGUUCGUGCACCAGGUAUCUAUGCCGAUGAUCCAAGGCGAGACUAUCCCGCUCGCAGUCGUGAACGUUAUCCGGAACUAGAACAUUACCAAGGUGAACACUAUGACCCACGGUAUCACGAAGACCCUCGUGAAUAUAGAGAUUACAGAGACCCCUUUGAACAGGAUAUCAGAAAGUAUAGCUACAUCCAGCGGGAACGAGAACGAGAGCGUGAACGUUUUGAGGCGGACCGUAGCAGGUGGAGCCCGUCCCAUCCGCGCCGGCCCAUAACCCCUUCUGCCUCCCCUUCACCAUCCGACCGCGUCCCUAGGGAAGCAGAGCGACGUGUGUACAGGCACUCAUCUGAGAGAAGUGAAAGCUGUAGCUCCUUAUCACCUACUCCUCAGUUUGAAAAGUCUGAAAAGUCUCCAGUGGAUUACAAACCAGAGAAUUUGGACAGAGAAAUUGAUCAGGCUGAGGCUGACCGCGUAAGUGGGACAGAAAAGAGCAAGCGUGGAAGGCGCAAAGAAAAAUCCGAGAGAGAGAAGGGCGAGAAAACGAAAUCAAGAAGGGGUAAAGUGCAAUCUCCUAGUGUACCUUAUUCUGAAGCAGACAGGGAGCCCAGUCUGGAUUCAAAUUCUGGAAAAAUGAAGGGUUCAGAUGCAGAGAGCUCAGAGAACAGAGUGCAGAGGCACAAAAGUGAGGGUGAACCUUCUCCUACUGAUGUGAUGUCUCGAUUGGAGUCGCAAAAAGAAAGGCUGGACGGUGCUAAAAUUGAUUCGGUUGAUCGGGAUAACAAAGGGAGAUCAAAGAAACUCAAAUCGGAAAUUGGAAACGAAGGGAAAGAAUCCAUUUUGGAUUCUGACAGGCUUGCGGCGCGAAAAAGGCGUUUUGGCGAUCCCGGUGGCAAAGCCUUAAAACAGAAGAGAAGUCGCCUUGAGGACGAACAGAACACGGGUGUUAAUCAACUCGCGGAUAUCGGGGCAUCUUAUUCAAAGGAAGGAGAAAGCGAUGUGAAAACAUUAGAUAAAGAGGGACAGAAGAAAGAACAUUCUAAGUCUAAAACCGAGAGGAUGUCUUCUCAUUUAAGGGACGAAUUAGAGCACCGAGCUGACUCACAAGACUCAUCUGGACAGCAAGAGGAGCAUUCUGAGCCUAAUGUGGAGUCCCAGUCUGGACCAAGCCUGUCAAGGCUAUUUUCGAGCGACGGAACUCCAGAAAAAGACAACAAAGGCAAGGAUGAGUAUUUGGACAUAGAUCUUUCUCAGAGUUAUCGAAAGCAAAUGGAGCAGAACCGAAGACUUCGUCAGCAGCUCCAAGAGCCUGACAAACCAGGAAAACCCGAAACUCCGCAGUGUGUAGACGCGGAAGAUUUCGAACACCGUAGUUUGGUGCAUGAGGUAGGCAAGCCACCCCAGGACGUUACUGAUAAUUCUCCCCCGAGUAAAACCAAGAAACAAGAUCACUUAGACAUAGAGGUUGGUACCAAAAGAGAGCGGGUGUAUCGAAUUUUCCGUCCAAAGAGCGAAGAGUCAGAGUGGAGUACAAACUCACCCAGAUUUAAUACCUCUCAACAAGGAGAGGAAGAAUACACAGAUGUUCCUCAACUAAUUACCGUGAAAGAGGUAAAAGAACAACCUAAACAAGAAGACGGUUCUCACCAGGACAUGGAGCUAACGGUUAAACGUGUCCAUACCUCACAGGUGUCCAAACUAAGCACGUCACUACACGAUGAGCAGAGGCGUUGGGAAAGUCGCCUAAAGCAGGAUUUGUUACCUGACUUUUCAAGGACUUCGGAAAAAAGACGACUCAAUCGGUCGUAUUUGGAAUAUAGACUUUGGCCUGAUUUAGAGCCAGGCGAGGUGCGCUCUGACUCUGAAGAAGAUAGAGAACACAAACCAAACUCUCCCAUGCCCUCCACCUCACUGUCCUUCCCUGAAAGACAUCGCGGAGACAGACUAUCGGAAUCCAAACUAACUGGCUCACUGGAAAGGAACAAGUUUUGUUCAUAUGCCCUUGACCAGACAAUUACACCAGACACUAAAGCGUUGCUGGAGCGGGCAAAAUCGUUAUCAUCUUCACGGGAAGACAACUGGUCUUUUUUGGACAGCGACUCUCAUUUUGCCAGUUUCAGAAGCAGAAAAGAUACAGAAAAGGUGGAAGCAACGCCACGACCGACUCCUUCGUGGUACAUGAAGAAGAAGAAAAUACGGAGCGAGUCUGAGGAUAAACUAGAUGACCGAAAAGAAGAUCCUAAACCAGAAGAACCGGAACGGCGAGAGCUGUUUGCCUCUCGUUUUCUCCACAGUUCUAUUUUUGAGCAAGACUCAAGGCGACUUCAGCAUCUUGAAAGAAAGCACGAAGACCCUGAACAUGGUACGGGCUUUCCAGCAAACCAGCAAAGCCAAAUUGAAGGCCAGCCUGAUUCUGAACCAGUGGUUCUUUUCUACGAUCGCUUUUUAGAGUUGACAAGACUGCAGGAACAGAAGGGGAAAGAGCAGUCUCAGCAAGAAUCCAAAAAAGAGGAAGGCGUUGAUGGACAAGCCGUUAAUAAAACGCCGGAGGAAGAACAACACGGUGCUAUUGAGCCAGCAGAGAUUAAACCGGUCAGCCCCGUACAAGCACCUCAGUCAAGCCCCGUGCAGUUCAUGCAACCACUUCCUGUUCAAGAAACUCAGAAACCUCCUCCUGCUGUAACAACUAAGGAGAUGGCUCCACAGCAAGAUGUUUGUAAUGUCAAAGUACCUUCCCCUAAAUUUAGUCUUUCAGCAAAAGAAGAAGAAAAACUGUCAGAACAGACUUUAGUCUCUCUGACAAAUCCACUGCCUAAAGAACCCACUGAGUCAAAUAGAUCUGAAUCCCAAGACUCUCAGGCCUUAGUGAAUAAAAUUAAAAGUCCUACUAAAGAGAUGGAACAGUCCAGUGUCCGGGAUGUUGAGCAGUGCUUCAUUAGCGAGACACAGACCGUGAACACUCGAGUGAGUUUUGAACCCAAAUCUGAGCCACAAACUGAGCUCCCUGAAUUACAGAAUCCUUCCUCUCCUAAGAUUUUAGAUGAAGCUGAAGGAAGAUUAGAGAAACCAGAAGCUGUAUCUGUGGAAGUUGAACCUCUUUCCAAAGAAACUGAGUCAAAAAGUAUAGACAGUUAUACUGUGGACGAACCUCUCUCUCCUCCCCCAAAGUCCAGAAGCAAGAAGGGCAAGACCUCGCCUACAACCCCAGUACCCCCUUUGACCCCAUCGAACGCAUCGGAUAAACAAAGCACUCGCAAAAGUGAGCGGAUUGAUAGAGAAAAGCUUAAGCGCUCCACAUCUCCAAGAGUGGAUUCAUCUAAAGCAAUUGCGGAUGCCAAGUCUACUGGCAAGUCACCCAUCCAUAGCCCUGAGACCGAACAAAGUGUAGAACAAAACACUCCCCCUGUGAGAGCGAGGCGUAGAAAUGUACGUUCCGUUUACGCCACUCCAGUAGAAGAUGAAUCUACAUCCCAAACUGCCAGGGAAGUGGAAUCGCCGCGUGGGGCACGCAAACGUGGUGUAGACAAAGACGCAGGGCAACAGCAACCGGAACCAGACAGCGUUUCUGUAUUGCCAACCGUGCGGCGGGGGCGUCCACCUAAGAAUCGGCGCCAAGGAGAGGAUUUUUCAGCUGCGAAGAGUGAACGGACAAAAUUACCCGAAACUAAGGAGUUUGAGAUCAGUGAAACUGGAAACAACGAAGCCGUCACCAAAGUAGGCAAAGGAAAACAUUCCCCCUAUUUAAACAAAGCUGCAAAUCAAGGUGCUGGGUCUGGAUUAGCAAAAAAAGGAGAGAGAAUUGAUAAAAUGUCUGAUGCUAUAAUUGCUGCCGAAAUGAACGUGGAUUCUCAGAACAGCAGCGGCCAGCAUGAUGGUGGCCCUUCGGUGACAAAUGAGUCAAAGGAAGAGAAUAAGCCACAAAGCAUUUCAGAAACAAAACAAGAAAAAGACAGAAUUACUCAAAUAGAAAGCCCUACUGGAAGUCAAGAUAAACUCUGUGAGUCUGUCCAAGAGCAGUUACCUUUGGACAAAAGUGUGAGAACAAAAAGUACUCGAAUAACUUGUAGUUCAAAGUUAAUGACGGAGGAUAAAUCUCUUGUACUCAAAAAUCUCAGGAUCAGGCUUGAUGUGACCGAGGUAAAGGCGAUGCUGCAAAGUGGUGAGGAUGAAUCGGGGCAUGACGACUGUCUUAAAAAGGUGGUGCCGGGAAUAUCACCCAAAGAUCAGAUACUGGAUCCUAGAUUUGAGAAGGUACCCGUAGAGGAAGAUUGUAAUAAAGAGUCUGUAACAACACCCCCAAAGGUCACAGAUCCUCAUGAGGCAUUGCUGUCCCGCCAGAUAGAGCUUGAACAAGCUGUAGAGAACAUUGCCAAGCUUACAGAAGACCCUGCACUUGUUCAGUUCAAGAACACAAAUGAGUCCCAAGCUCCUUUAUCUGACCUUGUAGAGGGGCGUGAGGAAGACAAGCCGGCCAAUCCUGCUAGUGAAACUGAACUUGCUGCCGCUAUUGAUUCCAUAACGUCUGAGGACGUGUCUUGCAGCUUGCCUCAAGACCAAGUUGUCGGCACUGUCGUCGAUCCGGACCCACACGCCAUUCAAACGCUAGUCCCAGAUGCCAAAGUAGUUGACGGCAGCAACCCGGCCACUGUCCAAGAGGACGCUUCAAACGUUGGGACACCAAGAAAAGGAGGCAAAGGAAGACCAAAAGCCCAAAAGAGGACCAAAGGACAAAAGGUUGCUGCGAGCAAAAAGGAACCCGUUAAGGAUAGUAUGGUAGUGGAACCUGAGAAUCUUUCUUUUAAGUCCUCAGAAACCACAACAGCACCAGCAGUUCAAGAUAUUCUACCCACUGCUGCUGCUGCUGCUGCUGCUGCUGUUAUUUCCCCCUUAUCAAAGCAAGAUUGCAAUGUAACUGCUAAUAUUGUCCCUGAAAUUCCUCAAGUGAUUGAGAGCGGUCUUAAAGAGCCGUCUGACUUGCCAAAAUCAUCUAGUCCAGCAGCAAGCAAAAGCCCCACAUCAGUCCAGCCUCAGCUUAAUCCUUUUGAGUGUACAUCUCCUCCUCUUUCUCCCACAAGUAUUUGCCUCAAACCUUCACAUCCAAGCAGACUGUCAGUUUCCCCUACAGACAGAUUGAAUCAGCCUAAAGAGACGGCAGUUGUUUCCCCUUCAGCCACUCCCACAACUCCGUUAGAAAACCCUACGUUGCUGUCCGAUUCCUUCGCUCAUGAUCCUAACACCAGUGAUCUGCGUAAGAUUCUUGCAAAACCGAGAGGUGUUCCGAUCUCGGAGGCGACUGCUAUUUCUGGAAGCAUGCAUGUCAGAGAGAGUCAAGAGUCAAGAGAUGUCAAGAGUUCACUGCAUGAAAGCAGGCAACCUUCUAUGCCAGCUCAGCCGGUAGUUCGCCAGCCGUCGUCGUUACCGUUGACAGAGUCAAAGCAGAUCUUUAACGAGAAAUCUGUGAUUUCCGUCAUCGCCUCCACUGCUACCUCAGUUAUCAGCAGAGUUUGCAACCCCCCUGAAUCUGAGGAGAAACCCAGUCUUUCGAUCGUUAACCCGUUUGUAGAAAAGCAGCCACCAAAACAGAUGUACCAGGCCAGCAUAGAGGAAGUUAGCACUUAUCACGGACCACCCGCUGGAGAAGAGGGUGGGAAUGCAGGUCGCUAUAUAGUGGAGAGCACAUCCCUGAGUACAGGCCCCACUGCAGGUCUCAGGGUAAACACCUCUGAAGGAGUGGUAGUGCUGAGUCACUCAGGUCAGAAGAUCGAGGGACGACAACGCAUAAGUGCCAAAAUCAGUCAAAUUCCGCCACCUAGCGCAGUGGACAUAGAAUCUCAGCAGCUAGUGUCGAUGCCUCAGCUCAAACAGGAACUUUUCAGUGGGUCCCAAAGAGACAUGCCUAAGGGUUCAGUACCUCCAGUGGACCAUUGUCAUUCCUUGAAGUCGCAGACAAAUGUUUCUACUAAGCAUGAAUCUGGAUCGGACAAAUUAGACUCUUUCCCUCCAGUGCAAAGUGGGGUUGUGAAAAGAUUACAGCAGACACCUGGCCCUUCACAGGUAUUGGGUUUCCAUCACUCGGAAUACACAAUGCUGAUGAAGCAUUCAAAGAAAGGAGAAGGAAACGAACCUUUGAAUGUGGAAAAUGUCAAAUCUUCCUGGGUGUCUACUAUAAGUCCUGCCAUAAGCCCUCACCUUCCUUCUACAGGCGGCAAUCACGUCGGGUUCAUUCCAGGCGCUACAGAGAGAGCCCCUUCACAUAUUCAGACCAAACAGGAACCCCGCUCGCCAAGGAAAUCCGGACACCCCCAUUCUUCUUUUUCCAAAGUGCCUUCCCCCAUUGGCUCUUCGUCUCCUAAAGGUGUGUCUAUGGUCUUACCAACCGGUUUACCUGCAAUGUCUCAGUAUGUUCCUAGUGUGCAUCACUCUGAACAGUCAGUGAUAAUGCCUCCUCAUAGCACGCAUGGCAGCCUUGGCAGAAUGUCCCCUCAUCGUGUGGGUCAGGCAAUUUCUAUGGGUCACCUUUCUCAGGCAGACGUAAGAGUCAACACGCCUCCGUUAUCAGUUAUGAACUAUGGAAUUCACACUGAAAGCCUCACUUCAUCUUGGGCACCUGGACAGCAACGCCCUACGUCUCCUCAGGCCGUGGGAAACAGAGAAAUGGUUCUAAAAGUUAAUCCAGCCAGUGCAAGAGGUCAUGACCCAAGCGAUGAGGAGGCAGCAAGACGCUUUCAUCAAGCACUUGGAAGGCCACCGGCGACUCAGCUCAAACAAGAGUCAAUACAAGCAGAAUACCGUGGGGCGCUUCACAGCGGCUUGCCACUGCUUAACAUGCAACCAAGAGACAUGCGGAUGCUGAUAUACCACCCGCAGGGGGAACGUCCAGCUGCCGAGCUGCAUCAGGGGCAUAUAACGGAUGCUGUCCCCCCCACUUCGACCGCGACCAGCAUUACAGCCUCACUCUCUCCACGGGCGCACCUUUUGCAGAAAGGUGUGUCUGACAAGGAUCCCCUGAAGCAGUCUGAAAUAAAGAGGGCCACACCACCCCCUGGGAAAGAUGGAAUACUUGGAAUCCGUGGUGCACUGCCUGCCAUGGCUUCUCCUAAGCGUGUUCCUCUGAUCGCUUCAGGGACCGUGCAGCCGUUUUCGGAGUAUUCUAACAUGUACACCAACUUGCGUACUGUGCACUCUCAGUUUCCUGAAAAUUCAUCUAUGGGUAUCAGCCAGUCUCCUCGCAACAUCACCCCGUCACAGAGUCAAGAAUCUGACCACAACCAGGUUCAAACAGAAAAUCAAGUGGAGCAUGUUGGACACCAGCAAAUCAACAUGGUACAGCUUCUCACGAAAUAUCCCAUCGUUUGGCAAGGAUUGCUGGCAUUGAAAAAUGAAACUGCUGCCGUCCAGUUGCACUUCGUGUGUGGAAACAAGUCUCUUGGCCUGCGCUCGCUUCCCGUGCCUGAAACUGGACCUCCUUUGCGUAUUGUCCAGAGGAUGAGAUUAGAAACGCAACAGCUUGAAGGAGUAGCUCGCAGAAUGACUGGUGAGAGCGAAUUUUGCCUGCUGCUCGCCAUGCCUUGCGGUCUAAAUCAGGAAGAUGUUGUGACACAGACACAAGUGCUCAAAUCAGCCUUCAUUAACUACUUGAAGGCCAAACUGGCUGCAGGCAUCAUCAACGUCCCCAAUCCUGGCUCCAAUCAGCCUGCCUACGUGUUACAGAUCUUCCCUCCGUGCGAGUUUUCAGAAUCUCACCUUUCACGGCUUGCUCCUGACCUCAUCAACCAGAUCUCUAGCAUUUCGCCUCACCUCAUGAUUGUCAUCACCUCUGUGUGAUCUUCUGCGUCCUUUAAACUUGGACUUGAAUAAACCUCGAUGUCAUGGACACGUUUGCAUUUUUUGGAUUUGAUGGAGCUCAGGAGAAACCGGUGGUGUUCGGAAUUCUACAUAUCAGUGUGUGCAGCACCGCUCCACAUUUAUCUCCCGUUUCACAUCUCUCUGCUGUAUUUGUAUUUAUUGGUGGGUUUUUUUUUGUUUGUUUUUUUUAAAACUCAUGGAAAUUCUUUCGGGAAAAUCAGGAUUUUUUUUUUUUUUUUUUUUUCCUUUUCUUUUUUUUUUUUGUAUGUCUUUCAUGAUUAUGCCCCCCA